AGAUAGUAAACUGAGAUUUACCCUAAUUUUUAAAGAGAACCUUGCUUUUAGCUCUUGGAUCAAAUUUGAAGGGCUCAGAUCCCUUGUGGAUUUGCGGAAGGGUUCCGGAGCCCUUUCCUAACUAAAGCAGUUCCUUCUUUCUCAUACCGCUAAACCAUCCCUCCCUUCCCUUUCUCCCCGCCCAGCCGCCGCCCUCACUCAUUCAGUCAUUCUCUCACUCUCUCUCUCUCUCUCAGUUAGCAAAAUGAUAAAGCGGCGAUUCUACAAGCUAGAACAUGGCGACAGAGAUGGCCCCUCCAAUUCAUCUUCAUCCUCGUCGGAUUCUGAAAUGGAACCACAAGCCACAGACGACUCGGAUGAAGAAGAAGAAGAAGAAUAUGAUGCAGUCCAAGAACUCAAGGACGAUGCUCAGUCCUGCUCUACCUCUUCUGGAUAUCAAAGUGAGGAUAGCUCAGCGACUGAAGUUCCUGUUGAUUCGUCAGGUCUACCAAUAACUGAAGAUGAUGAUGCUUCAACCGGACAUGAAAGACCGGCUCUUAUGGUCGAUCAGUUGCUUAUUAAAAGUGGUUCAAAAUUACCAGAGGAAGAAUCUAAAAUCAUGCCAGACGAGGAGUCAAUACCAGUAGAUUUACCAGACUGUAUCGUGAAAUGCAAAUCAGCUUUUAAAUGCAGGUUAUGCCCUAGAAUUGUCUGUUUGAAUGAGGAGAGUUUAAGGGCUCAUCUGAAAUCCAAGAGACAUGCUCGGUCUGAGAAACUAUUGGACGAAGGUAGGCUGAAGACCAUACUGAACGCUGAUGGGAAAAUUGAUGAAGAAGAGACCCCUGCUUUAUAUGCUAAAAUUCUAGCUAAUUCACAGGGUAUGCCGAGAAAGAAAAGUAAAAGACAAGACAAGAAUGGGUCGAAAAAGAAGAGGACGAGAUAUGGUGGGAAGCAAUCCAAAGGGAACCCGUCCAAGAGAAGGCGUGGAUAAAGUGCUAAGAAUGUUGUUUUGGGUUGCCGUCUUGUGAGAGAACACAACAGCGAGAAAGGAAAACAAGGAUUUUGCCAUUUUGUACCGAAUUAAGGAAGCUAUCCUAAGAUUUUCGUCGCUUUCGAGUGAUGUGGCUAAACUGACUGCUUGAUAAUACUUUGCUCUGUUCUUUAGCUUCAGCCACUUCUAAGCUUGUUAUCAGGAGAAUGAGAAUGAUCAGAUCUUGCAUUCGUAAGAUUUACUCGACAAA